CGUACGAUACGUCUCUUUUGGUGAAGUACGAGCAUCAUGUUGCUCGACAUAUAUGGUUCGGUGAGGAAAGAGGACCAAAGAAAGAGUUGAAGGUUGCCGGACAUGGACUGAAGUUGACUUCUAGGGUUCCAUUGGCUCUUCCACCACAGAUGGAGAGUUGGGUAUCUAGAUCCGGUUUAGCUUCACUGCAGAGAACGAGUCUGAACAAGAUAGACACAAAUCUUGUCUCUGCAUUUGUGGAAAGAUGGCAUCUAGAGACAUCUUCAUUUCACAUGCCGUUUGGUGAAAUGAGCAUUACUUUAGAUGAUGUCGCAUGUCUACUUCACUUGCCCAUUAGGGGUAUCUUUUGGAGUCCUCAGGAUGUGACUGAAGAGCUAGCUGUUGAACUUGCUGUUGACUACCUAGGAGUGUCACAGGGUCAGGCACAGUCACAUGUUCGGAGCUGCAGGGGGUCGUAUUACAAGUUGGAGUGGUUAUAUGAUAUAUUCGUACAUCAUAGGGCUGCUUCCAGCUGGGCAUAUGCGACUAGAGCAUAUCUAUUGAUGUUGGUGGGUUCCACCAUAUUUGCUGAUAAGACCUUUACACUUGUAGAGGCACGAUACCUCCUCCUAUUUAGGGACUUGGAUGGAUGUUCAGGAUAUAGUUGGGGAGCAGCUGCACUAGUUACCCUCUACCGAUAUCUUGGAGAUGCGUCCAUGUACAGUUGCAAACAGCUAGGUGGAUAUCCUACUCUCCUACAUGUAUAUAAUUUAAUUUUGUUAAUUAAGUGUUGGAUUCAUUUUAUAAAAUAUUGUAACUUAAUUUGUUUUAUUUAUUAUGUUUUUAUUUUGUAACAGUGUUGGAUUCACGAGUAUUUUCCAACUGUUGGAAAAAGAGGGGAGAAUUGGAAUCCUGCUGGAAACUGUGGUCUUCCCCGAGCGAUGAGAUGGUCGUAUAGACAGGGAGUCCUGAAGGUCGAUGAUUUACGACCUAUUUUGGACGAGCUGACACCUACCGACGUCAUCUGGCGACCAUUUGAGGAUCAUAGAGCAUGGCGUGUAUUUGAUGAGAUAUGUCUUUACAGGGGCUGUUUGAAGU